CGGUGAGACUACGACAUUGCAGACGCCAUUCCACGACUUCAAAGGCGACACCAUUCUGUAAACUGUUGUACAAUGUCCCAAGAAAAAACUGUACCUGUAGCGCAAUUGCUCUCGCGUGCACUUCAUCAUAUUCGUACGACGCCGCCCCGUAUCAUUGCGUCUCCUCCAACUCAGCCACGACGUGCAGCUGUAGCCCUCAUCAUCCGAGUCGUACCCUCUCCUUUCUCCUCACCUCCUCCGCGUGACGCACCACCGCCUACAUUGACGCAAUUCUUCGAACUUGACUGGGUGAACGAUCCCGCUUCUCGCGCAGAAAUACUCUUUCUGCGCCGGGAUGGGGUCAAUGCUUCGGAUAGUAUAAUUGGCGCCGGUACGUCACAGACCGCGGGCCCCAGUGAGCAUAGUUCAAAAGGCAAGGCAAAGGAUGAGGCCAAUAUCGCUUUUCCCGGUGGAAGAAUGGAAGAAGGUGACGAAGGUGGCUUGUACACAGCUAUGCGUCAAACAUGGGAAGAAAUUGGUCUUGACCUUGCUGAACGCGACUUCACUUCCAUUGGACAACUAGACGACCGCGAGAUUACUACUUCCCUUGGGAAGCGGUUACUCAUGAUCCUCUCUCCCUUUGUUUUCCUGCAGCUUACUCCAUAUUCCUUAUCGACAGACCCGUCCCCAGGAACAACUAUCCAUUGGACGCCUCUUGACGCACUCAUCAGUGCUGUUUUACCUGGGAAGAUCGCCGAGCGUGAAGAUUGUGCUGGUAACUGGUCAACUGUGACGGUUGAUGCUGCGUCGAGACUCGCUCCUCGACAUGCAGCACUAUUAAAGGUGUUGGUCCGGGUAUUAAUUGGAAGCAUGCAAUUCCCUGCUAUCUUACUGGAUGUUCCGGAAUUUGAACCAUCUUCCACACCGCCCUUGCCAACUGGUGCAAGGUCGGCUUACCCUGCGCUUACUCAAGAUAUACUCGAGAAGGGCAUGCCCCCUAAUAGUGCACUAAAAAAACAGAAGGUUCGCCAACGAAAACAGCUCAAGCUUUGGGGCCUCUCGCUCGGUAUGACAUUGGACCUCAUAGCGCAUAUGUCAAACAAUCAAAGCACUAGCAAAGCAGGGUUUUCCGCUCUGCAACUGCCUUUCCAUCCUGUCGGGGGAGAAGGCAUGCGCAUUGACCUCGUGGCCCCCAGCCUGGCUAGCGUAUUUCCGCGGUUCUCGUAUCCAGAUGUUAAUUUCUGGAUUUGGGUUUUCGCAAAACGUUACCGAGAGGUGGUGCGUGGUUGGGAAGCUAGCGUUUUGGGUGGAGGUACAAAUGAUAGACGCAUCAACUGGUCUGGCACUGCACUGAACAGCUUCUACGCCGCCGUGCGCAAGGCACUCGUCGUUGUACUUGUCCUUCGCGCUAUCGGUGUUCUAUUCGGGCUACUUUUUGCUGGCUGGUGGGUCUUUGCCUAGUGUUAUGUUUUGAAGUUUGCGUUGUGGGAGAACGGACUUUUCAAUUGCUCGCAUGCUAUCUGUAUUCUGGACAUGGGUCGGAUACUGGGACAGUAUUGGAUGUAAAUGUCUAAUUUUCGCCGUGGGAGGGAGUAGAGGCAAUGUGACGGGCGGAGGGUGGAAAUUCGCGGUGGAGAGCAUUGGUGGCCUCUGUGGGAGGCGAUAUCUGCUGGUAGGGCAAUAAUGAAGGGCAGGCGAGAGGCGACAGAUGGAAGGAGACCACGUGAUAUGGGAUCAGCGAGAUUCUCUUUGGUGUUGGUGUACGUGAGAGUGAUGGAAAGUCCUCGUGAGGCCAGAGUUGCCAAGGUGCGUCGAAUGCACAGAUUUGUAUGAGCAUUGUGACAUCGCCCUUUUUGGAAGGCGCCGAUGACACCGUUAUUAUCGCUGCGAAUAAGGAAGUUGAUGUUCGAUAGUUCGAGAUGAAUCGCCACCAGAGCGGCCAGCUCAAUUCCAAUUGCUUCCAGCCAACCAAUGUCACGGCCUGGUAUUCGCCAUGUGGGCUGAGUAAGCCAUGCGUCCCAGUAUCCGUUCCAAAGUAAGCCAAUCCCAUAGCUGGUGGAUGCGUCGACCCAGAUUUCGUAGUCGUGAGUAGGUCGAUGUGGUUUGAGUGAGCGUGGGAGGUGGAAAGUUGCGAGAAGUGAGAGCCACCAUCGAAGAUCGGAGAUGACAGAAUGUCGCAUGUAUCUAGGAAUGAAUUCGUGGGUGAAGUCGGCAAUCCAGCGAUAUAAACUUGCAAGA